AAUCUGUAAAUAUUCUUUAUUUCCUGAGACAACAGCUGACUUCAUUGAUCCCUCCCUCCUAUGUGACAAAAACAAAAAACAGAAUGAGAAAAACGGGUACCGGUGUAAAAAAGGAAUUCAACAUACUAAACACGCAGUCUCCUAACCAAACGCAAUCUCUUCCCGAACAUGUUUACUCUUGCAAACCAGAUCGCCGAGAAGACAAUGAGAAGAAAGCUCCAGAUAGAAAGGAAGAGUACUUGGCAAUCAAACUGCCCCCUGUCGCCUCUGAAGACCUAGCUCCUGACAGAGCAGUAAGCAAUGACAGCCGCUAAGCUCGCAAGGCUGACUCCCUAAACUUGUCCGUCUUCCCACAGCAAUGCCCGAAGGACUGCGUCCUUCCUCUGCGCCAAGGGUCGCGGCGCCGCGAGAUCCCGCAAGCGGGCAAGCUCGGACUGCUUGGCCCCCGCCUGGCCGGCCUUGCUCCUAGGCCUAGAUGCCCCACACCACGAGGUCGUGCAAAACCCAGGCCGACCCCUGGGCCACGCCGCCAGGUCGCUCUCGGCACAGGAGCGCGGGCUCGGCGUCGGUCCAUCCCCAGACCCGGCCUGGGGGAGGGGCGAGGCGACAAGCCCUCAUCCGCGAUCCCAGUCGCGCCCAUAAGCGCACGGGACAAGUGCUUACCGCAGCCGAGAGGCAGGCCGGGGAGAGGCAGCGCCCAGCCCCAAGCGAGGGAGGAAGGCGCAGGCAGCGGCCACAGCCGCGGGGAACCCCGGCUGGCGCCCACGAAGCGCUGGACUGUAUGGGCGCCGCCAUAGUGGGGACGCAGCGGCGGGCGGAGCGUGCGACUGCGACCCGGGACGAUGGGACCACCAAUCCGGCUCUCCGCCUCGGAGCCCUCGUCGGGGGUCGGGCCUCGGCCGCCAAUAGGCGUGCGGGGGCCGGACGGGCCGCUGGGGUAGCCAAUGUGGGCUGCGCCGCAGUUAGGGCGGGCAUGGAGGCGGACGGCCCAAAAAGGCGCUGGAGCCCGGAGCUCUCCGCCUGGCCUCCUCCGGGCGCGCCGAGGAUGUGCCGCAAGAGGUACAAGUGCUGCUCCUUCACCCAGCUCCCGUCCCCUCGGCCCAGGAAGCUUCCCGCCGAUUGCAAAGCAGGAAGGGCGCUCAGGCCUUCCCGAGGACCCAGCGUCUUCGCGAGCUCCUUGUCGAAACUUGGGGCACAGAAAUGUAGAUUGGCCACGGUGAUUCCCCGCCGGUAUACGCCCCUCCUAGUCCUCAAGGCGGGAGAGCCAACCGGGCCGCUGAGGCCCAGGGCUCCGGAUUUCCGGACUUUUAACGUGUCUGCGCAGUCCCGCGGGGUACGAGGGUAUGGGCAUCCAGGCCGCCGGCGUCUGUCACCAACUUAGAACCUCGAUACUCGAGACUUCAGAGUUCUGUGUGUCUGCUGUGCUGUGGAACACCAGAGCGCUCUCGCCUCCAUGGCUGGGAACCUGCUGGACGCUGGAAGCACCUACUCCAUGAUGGCCCGGUACAGUGCAGGCUCUAUAUAAUCUUCCCGGUAUCUAGAGUUGAUGACCCGCUGCCGUUUCUUUUCUUGCUUCACCUCUUUUUCCGUGAAAAUCUCAUUGAAGCGCAUGUCUGAGGCCACUGACUGCAGAAGAACAGGGAAACCAAAUAACUUUAUAGCCAACUCUCCCAAGGGAGAAAAAGUGACAUGCCCCAGCUCUGUUCCCUCCUGCUCCUGGGAUCCAAUGGCACACAAAACACACUCACCAGUCUAGACUUGACUCUUUUGGGAAGCUCUUCAUCCAGUGUAUACACAUCAUCUCUCUUAACCACAAGCUGUGAGCCAUCCUCAAACUCCACCUGCCAGUGACACAAAGACCUUUGGGCUAGGGUACCUUGGAGUUUCCCUUGUCUACCCCAUGAAAAUAGCAGUUUUCUUCAUCCAAAGGAAAUCACUACAGCACUGAAGUAAUAAGGACUGCCACUUCCGCACACUAGGAAACUAGAUGUAGGACAGAGCUAGCUCUACAAAGUUUAUUACCAACCUAUAGUAGUUCUUUGAAAAGCAGAGAAUCACCUGACCCAAGAGACAACACUGAAUGAAUUGACUAUCACGCACUCCUAACAGGAACCUUUGACUACCUGGUACAUUUGGAUGGGGUGAGAAGCCACAAAUUUAGCUCCAUAGACUUGGCCAUCUGUUCAUCUCACUUGGACCACUUCUCCUUCAGCAGGAGGACCCAACUGGAGACAGUCCUGGCUCUGAAGAAAGAAAAAAGGACAAUGAAAGGUCCACUUCAGCACAAUGGUAACUGACAUCUACUCAGGGAAAAAUAAGUUAUAGAUUAUGCUUCCGCUUUGACAUUCCUAUAGACUACUUACUCUGGGCUGAAAGGUUAUUUGCAAAUCAGAGUCUACCCUGUAUCUCUUAUCUUGAUUCUAGGUGACAAAAUGAACAGGCAUAAUGAAUUUAGCAAACUCAGUAAGCAUAGGAGCUAAGUGCCAAAAUCAGUGAUCUUCACAUCCACUCACCUGUUUUCUACAACUCUUCAUAAAGAAAUGCUAGAAAUUUACUCAGAAUUUAAGAACGGUGUUUUUAAAACACAGGCAAGUUACAAAAAGUAGUUACCUACGAUGGGUCAUGGCACAAUACAUUAGAACCUUUACUCCUAGAAAAGGAUACUUUAAAAUGACUGUUCAACUAUAUCCCAGCUUAAGGUGUGGUGCACAAUCAGUGAUGGUUGAAUGAAAUGACAGGCCUGGAAGAAGAUGGCCUAGCGAGGUUCCCACCAGUUUUUCCUUAGCCCCAAAGCCCUCAACUGUAAAUAGCAAAGAGCAGAUUCUACAUCUGCUAAGAUGGCAUGGUAGAAAAAAUAGCUGGAUAGUUCUGUAAAAGUCAUACAUCUUUUGGAACAGCAAAACGUGCACAAUUUGAUACUAAAGAAUGGGCUUUUUCCACUCUAUUAGGUGCCUUCAGGAUAGUCUGGCCAAAACAUGUGUAGUUUAGAGAACUGGAGAAAAUACUGAUUCCCAUGAAAUUUUAGGGGGAGCACAGUAACCCAUUAGCACAGUUUUCCUUGCAAGGAAAAACCAGUAUAAAUGUCUUUUAGGGAAAAUUAAAGAACUCACAGGACCUAUUAAUAAAGGCAAGCAUACCCACAGGCAGUCUACCAACUAGGCCUAGAAACUCCUAAGUCCCAAACUGCCAGAGAAGCUGCUUGCAGACAUUACCACUAUGUCCUCAGGAUACAGAUUGUCACUGAAGGAGCCAUCAUCAAAAUUGACUUCAUAGAAGGUCUCAGUGGUGAGCCUGACCACUUCACACUGGUAGAAGCGCCCAUUCUUAUGUUUGCUAAUGACCUUCUGGCCAGCAGUAAUACUCUGCAAGGCCCCUUUGGCACGCUGAAAGAAACAGAGGCUUGGGUUAUUUACACAUUGUACUCAUGGGUCUGGCAAACAAGAACCAAAAUCAAUGCAUUCCCCUUUAUCCAAAGAAGAUAAGCGUCAGAAUAAAAAGCUAACAAGGAGAGAAGAAACAGGAGCUGAAUCAUUUCUUUCCACAUACCCACAUCCCAGCCAGUGUCAUAUUCGCCUACAUAAAUUUCACUUCCCCUGAGCUUCUAACCCGGAACUGGUCCUUCUGCAUAAAUAUACCCUGUGACUUCCCUGGACCCAACCAAAUCGUACCCACAAUGUACAUGGCUUACUCUUACCUAUCAGAGUCUCAGAGUAGACUCAUGGGACCAGAGGCCUUGGCCCCAAGCAUUGCUACACUCUAAGCUGAGCACUAGCCCUACCCUCAGGGACAGGACACAGAGACUGAAGUUUGAUGAAUGUUCUCAGCUAUCUGCAACAACCUACUUCCCAUUAUAAGGGCCCUGCUAUCUAUGGUGCCCUCAAUUCAGAUUACUCCUUAUGAACUCCUUGAUGCAAUGGUAUCAGAAACUAUGUAUUAGGCUCACGGCCAAACACUUCCAAUAACCUGCCCAAGUACUCUACUCCAGCCACAGUUCUCAAUAUACACGCUACGUAGAUCCCAGCCCAGGGCCUUUGUACUGCUAUUCUACCUGAGAUGCCUUCCCCAGUUAUUUGCUCCCUGGUCUCCUCACAUCUCAAGAUUCAUCACUGACAAAAUUACUCACUGUCCACUCCUCUACCCUCUUUAUCCACCACAGUUCUGUCUAAUACACUGUGUACUACUAGCUUCCUGUGUGUAUCUUUCAGCUAUAGCAUAUGCACCUCACAUAUACUCUAUGAGGGCAAGGACUUUCUUCUCUUUUCCACUAGUCAACUUCUAACAUCUAGAACUGCUUGUCACAUAGCAGGUGCUUAAAAAAAUACUUAAAACAAUAAAUCAGUCAAAGAAAUAUUCAGCAAUACCCCAGUUACCUCUCAGCAUCAGCAGUCUACAGCUACCAAACGAAGUAUAUCAACUACUGAUAAUCAUGAAACAAUCCUGUUCCAUUGCCAAAUGAAUUUAUCUGCCAGAGGUGGGCCUUGAUCAUAACUUAGACCUUUAUUCCUCCAAAGCUUUGUUUUCACACUGAACAUUUCUCCAUUUCCCUAAGGUACUACCCAUAUGUCUGACAACCACCUCUUAUGAUCAUAAAAUGGUUUCAUGAAAAAGGAAAAUCCAGGCAACUAUUGAGGUCUGUUCUGUGAUCUCAACAGCAGAGUGCAAAACUCUCUCCUCUAGACUGGCUCCUAACACAUUCUUCCUUGAUUAUCGUGCUCACCACAAUGGGGAAAGUCUCUUCUAUUAGCCUGUUACUCAAUGGUGGAGCCUCCUCCCACCUUGUGUGGCUGCUGACUGCAACCCGAGGGCUUCCUAGUUUGGAGUACUCAGAGAGCAGCAUACCUCAAAGGUUUGCCUACGUAUUCCGAUUUCAAAACUUACUCUCUCUUAGGCUAAAUUAUUUCACUGCCUCAAUUUCUGAUUUCUGAAUCACUCUUAGAGCCAUUACCAGAAUCACAAUUUAAAAAUAUAGUUCAACUGGGCAUGGAGGCACACACCUGUAAUUCCAACACUUUGGAGGCUGAUGCAGGAGUAUCUCAAGUUCAAAUCCAGCUGGAGAACAUAACAGUACCUCCUCUCAAAAUAAAAAGGGCUGGGGAUGUAGCUCAUUACAAAGGCCCUGGGUUUAAUCCCUAGUAUACCCCAGUACCACCACCAUCAAAAGAAGGAAAUACAAAAGGAAAAUACAUAAAAAGGAAAUUUUAAAAAUUUUAAACACAAGCUGGAUGUGGUGGUGGUACACCCAUGUUACUGCAAUACUUGUGAGGCUGAGGCAUACGACUGCCAUGACUUCAAACCAGACUGGCCUAUUAACUGAGGUCCAGGCCAGCCUAAACUUAGUAGUGAAACCCUGUCUCAGAAAUUGCAAGCCAGGUAUGGUGUCACAUACGUAUAAUCCUAACUACACAGAGGACUGAGGCAGGAAUUUUUAAGUUCAAGGCCAACCUAAACAAUCCCAGAUUCUAUGUGAAAAUUUUAAACUGGACUAGGGAUAUAGCUCAGUGGCCGAGUAUUGCCUAGCAGGCUGAAGGCCUUGGGCUCAAUCCCUGAUACCACAUGCAUGUGCACACACAAACACAUACUUUAAAAUCUUUUGUUUGUGUGUGUGUGUGUGUGUGCGCGCGCGCGCGUGCAUGCGCAGGGAGGACCGGGGAUUAAACUCACAACGUCACGCUUGCCAGGUAGGCACUAACACUGCUGAACUAAACCCUGGCCCUAUGCUUUAAAACCUUAACACCAAAGAAAGUCGUCCAACAGAAGAGUAGUAAAGUGCAGCACAAUCUUCAUUAUUUAGUGCUGCUUUCCUCUCAGUUCCGAUCCCCUGCUACGGUUCUAGAACCAGUCUUGUAUGUGCAUUUUUUAAGCUUUGAUCUUGUGCUUCUGAAGCCAAGCCUUUUCUGCUUACAAUUUCUUAUUAAGAACCACUUCAAAUGCCAGCUUCGACCCAGACUCUUUCCUAACUCUACUACCUCACAUUCCAUGUAUCUCCCUAUACUUCAUCAAAGAACUACAUAAACCCCUAGUGAGUAUCAGUUAAUGGCAAACUGUCAGUUCUCUCCAGUAGUUCUCAUAUUUACAAAGCUUCUACUAUGUCCCUGACACCAGAUGAAAUAAAAAGGACAUCCAGGGUAAUAAAAUACGGAUCCUCAGCCAGGCAUGGUGGUACACACCUGUAAUCCCAGCAAUCUGGGAGGCUGAGGCAAGAGCAUCACAAGUUUUGAGCCCAGCCUGGGCAACUUAGCAAGAGCCUGUGUUAAAAUAAGAAAUAGGCUGGGAAACAGCUCAGUGCAAGGCCCCAGGUUCAAUCUCUAGUAUUGCUCAAAAGAAAGAUAUGGGCCCUCCCCUCAAAGAGUUUAUCCUGGUGGACAAGCAAGCAAAUAAAGAUAAUCCAAA